AUGAGUCAAGCUGGUGGUUCAACGUCAAAUGAUACAACCGAUAGAAAUGUAGAAAUAUGGAAAGUUAAAAAACUGAUCAAAAGUUUGGAAGCUGCACGAGGAAAUGGAACUUCCAUGAUUUCUCUGAUCAUUCCUCCUAAAGAUCAGAUUCCUCGCGUUUCCAAAAUGUUGCAAGAUGAAUAUGGUACUGCUUCUAAUAUUAAAUCUCGUGUUAAUCGAUUGUCAAAUGAUAAUAAUAAAUGCAAAACAACAGUUCCUCCUAAUGGGCUAGUCGUGUAUUGUGGAACAAUAGUCACUGAGGAGGGUAAAGAGAAAAAGGUUAACAUCGAUUUCGAACCUUUUAAACCGGUCAACACGUCUCUUUACCUCUGUGACAACAAAUUCCAUACAGAGGCGUUGUCUGAACUGCUCGAAUCCGAUAAUAAAUUUGGAUUCAUCGUUAUGGAUGGUAACGGUGCAUUAUUUGGCACAUUGAGCGGCAAUACUAGAGAAGUGGUUCAUAAAUUCGCCGUGGAUUUGCCAAAGAAGCAUGGAAGGGGUGGUCAAUCUGCGCUUCGUUUUGCUCGUCUUCGAGAAGAAAAACGACACAAUUAUGUACGCAAAGUAGCUGAAUUGGCGGUGCAAUUCUUCAUCACGAAUGAUAAAGUUAACGUUACUGGACUUAUUCUUGCUGGUUCUGCUGACUUCAAAACUGAACUUUCGCAAUCUGACAUGUUUGAUGGACGUCUACAAGGUAAGAUUAUUAAGUUGGUAGACGUGUCUUAUGGCGGUGAAAAUGGCUUCAAUCAGGCUAUUGAAUUAGCUUCCGAAAGUUUAGCCAAUGUCAAAUUCAUUCAGGAAAAGAAACUUAUUUCCAAGUAUUUCGAUGAAAUCUCUCAAGAUACUGGCAAAUUCUGCUUUGGAGUCGAAGAUACCUUGAAAGGAUUAGAACUGGGAGCUGUAGAAACACUUAUUGUCUGGGAAAAUUUAGAUGUUUCUCGUUAUGUACUAAAGAACAGUAGUGGAGUCAAUCAGGUUGUUCACAUGACAAAAGAACAAGAAAAGGACCGUUCUAUGUUCUUGGAUAAGGAAACUGGCACGGAGAUGGAAGUUGUUGACAGAAUGCCUUUGCUGGAAUGGUUUGCUGAGCAUUAUAAAGAUUUCGGCGCAACGCUAGAAUUUAUCACCAAUCGUUCUCAAGAGGGAUCACAGUUUGUUAAGGGAUUUGGUGGAAUUGGAGGGUUACUUCGUUAUAAGGUUGACUUUGAACAAUUGACUUACGACAGUGAUGAAGACGGUUUCUAUUCCGUAUCCCUGAGUACUACUCAAAUUGACAAUAUGCCGACUCUCAAUCAAAGAAAGCGAUGGACACUGGUCGGGCAGGAUGGCCGUUGGCCCGACCAGCCGAAG